AGUGAUUGUCGAAGCGGCGUACAACUGCAAGCGUUCAGUGUAAGCUUCCGCUAAGUUCAACACGUGCUCAUCGAAUCUGAAGAAAACAAACCGAAUCGGUUAUCUUAAUUUCAUUUUAAAUAAUUGUUAUAAAAGGAAAUGAAACCUGAAAUGAGGAAGGGCGGUCGCCGGUCGUGCAUCGGCGUCAUUUAGCGAUGCGACGACGGGUCACGUGGAGAUACGACUGUCGAGGGAAUAUUCAUGUCUUAGAACCGGAGAUAGCAUCAGGAAUAGGAAAAGGCCAUAUAAGCAAUAAAUCCCAAUAAAAAUGUCUUUCCUUUACCCAAAAGAAUAUACCAUUGCCCCCUGUUUGAACGGAUCCGACGAAUGCUUUGCAGACAAUUGUUCCUGGAACAACUCCUUCGACGAUCCUAGAAUCGAGAUUCUUAAACGGUAUUCCUACGGAAUCGCUUUACCGGCGAUUGGUUUACUUGGAGUUAUUGGGAAUAUUUUGAAUCUGGUUGUUCUAACAAGAAAAAAUAUGAGAGGAACCGCAUACAUUUAUAUGAGAGGUUAUUCCGCAGCGGCAUUAUUAGCAAUCCUUUUUGCUGUACCAUUCGCUUGGCGAGUUUUAGUUCAUGAAGAAUUUGGAAAUUGGGACAACUUAAUACUAGCGUUUUAUCACACUCAUUUGGAACUAUUUCUUGGCAACGGAUGUCUGGGAGUUGGAGUUUUGAUGCUGAUUGCGUUAACGCUCGAAAGAUAUGUGAGCGUUUGUCAUCCCGGAUAUGCUAGACCUUGUUUAGGACCGCCAAAAAGGGUCGUUUGCCUAAUAUCGAUGGCAACUUUUAUUGUAUAUUUACCGGCGGUUUUUCGCAGCCAAAUCGUUCCCUGUAGAAUAGAAUCAACCGGCGAAACUUUAUACAGAAGACAAGAUGUUAAUGAUAUGGUUAAUCAUAAAUUAUUUAAAGCUUAUACUAUAGCUAUAGAACUGAUAUUUAAGGUUAUUCCAAUUAUACUCUUAGCUGUAUUAAAUGCUAGGAUAUUAUUAGUGUAUAGAAAAUCUUGCGAAAAAAGAAGGAAAAUGACUUUAUAUAGAACAACAUCCGGAGAAGAGGAUCCUAGGAAAUUUGCUGAAGAACGACGACUUGUUCUUUUAUUAGGAUCAACAAGCAUUUUAUUUUUAGUGUGCAUUUCACCAAUGGUUAUUUUAAACGUUACAUUAUCCGAAAAUAAUCUUCAGUCUUACGCCUAUCAAGUGUUCAGAGCAUUGGCAAAUUUAUUAGAAAUUACUAAUUACUCGAUUACGUUUUAUAUUUAUUGUUUAUUUUCCGAAGACUUCAGAAAUACCCUAUUUCGAACAUUUAGUUGUUCGGAUGAAGCGCCAAAUAGAAGAACGGCAAAAUUAUCUCAUCCAACUAAUACACCAACAACAACAAUAACACACGUGAGAAACGCCUGAUGGUUCUCAAGAAAAAGCGAAAUAUCGUCGGUUUAACAAUAAAUUUAAUCGUUGCAUGUUAUUUUCGUGCCAAACAACUACAUUCCAUAUAAAUUAUAACUCAACAUAAUCCUCGAUUUCCUCUAUAAUAAACAUUUUUAAGAUUUGAUAAUUGUAGUAUGUCAUAAAGUUAUAAAUAAUAAUUAUACUGGCCUAACAAUACAAUAUGUAUUAUCUAUUUUAAAUAAAAUCACAAUAUUUAAAAAUUUUCAUACGAAGGGUAAUAAUAAAAUGAUGGUUGUAAUAGAAAUGUGUGUACUUAAUUAGGAUUUAGAAUUUAAGUAUAAUAACAUAUUUGUGGACGAUGUUAAUUAAAUGCGAUAUUCAUCUCUUAUGAAUGUUAUAUUAUUUAAAUUAUGUAGUAUUAAAUUAAACUUUUGUACAAUAAAUAUUGAUGUAAGCAAA